UUGAUUACCCAAAAAACAAACCAAAAUCUCUCUCAUUUUCAUUUAUUUCCCUUCUCUGUUUGUUCCCGCUGCUCCUUUCUCGCACUCUGCUCCUCUCUCUACCUUCAAUCAGUUAUUGACACUGGUUGGAAAUUAUUUAUAAGAAGGUAGAUAGAUACACUCCAAUCUGUUGGCCAAUAUAUAUACUUUCUCAGAUUGAAAGUAAAAAUAGUGAGUUCGAAAAGGAGUGAGGAAGCAAAGCAUUAAUUUAUUUUGUUUGACUUGUACGAGUUGCACGUAUGAUGAAGGCUUUUGAGUAGUUUGUAUUUGUAUCAUUGUGGUAAUGGAGUGUAACAAAGAUGAGGCCAUCAGGGCCAAGGAAAUAGCUGAGAAAAAGAUGAAGAACAAUGAUUUUGAAGGUGCUCGAAAAAUUGCUCUCAAGGCUCAAAAACUUUUUCCUGGACUAGAUAACAUCUCCCAAUUGUUAGCUGUUUGUGAUGUUCAUUGUUCAGCACAGAAAAAGAUAAAUGGCAGUGUAGUCGACUUUUAUGGAAUUCUUAAACUUGAAAGUUUUGCAGAUGAUGCCACUAUUAAAAAGCAAUACCGAAAACUUGCACUUGUUCUUCAUCCUGACAAGAACCAGUUUCCUGGAGCUGAAGCUGCCUUCAAACUCAUUGGUGAAGCCAAUAUGAUACUCUCCGACAAAGCAAAAAGGUAUUUUCAUGACACUAAGUGUAGGGAGCCUGUAAAACCUUCGGUACCAAAACCACAAAAUCAUCAAGGAAAUCAAAAUUCUUAUGCUGGCAUGCAGUUUGGGGCCAACCCCAAAUUCUCUAAUGUUUCGAAUGGCAAGCCAUCAUUCUGGACAGCUUGUCCUUUCUGUAAAAUUAAGUACGAGCUUUACAGGGAUGUGGUAAACAAAAGAAUAACGUGUCGUAAUUGCUCACAACUCUUCACUGCUAUUGAUCUGGGUCCCUAUCAAUCAGCCCAACCAAAUCCCUCUGUGCAUCCUGGUAUGCAUAAAGUGGAGCCAGAGUCCAACACUGGCCGACAUGCCUCUUUUCAACAGGAAGAGGUAGGAAAAGUGAAAAAAGCUAAAGUCGAACCACCAAAGGCCGAACCAUCGUUUACACCUUUUUCACACCAAGGCCCUCAAUCUACACAAACUGGAGAUGCCAAAUUUGGUGGCAGUGUGAGGCCUGAAACAGUAGAAAAUUGUAAUUUAAAAGCAAAAAGUGGAAAGGAAGGAGUUACUGCAACUAAAGACUCUGGUGGUAAUCCUAUUGAUGUCUCUGAUUCUGAUGACGGACAUGUUCAAAAAAGAUCUCGUAAAAGGGUGCAGGUUUCUAGCAGGGAGGAUAAAUUAGAUGAGUUCAUUCCAGAAAAACGAUCAAGGCUGAGGAAGUUGUCUAGUGAUGUCAAAGAAAAUCAAAAGAAACAAAGGGAAGUUCUUGAAGCAGAAUUUAAGAAUGAUAAUGGUAAGCAAAAGGAACCGAAAGCAAGUGUUAAUGGUCAAGGAUGCAUGCAAAAGGACAAGAUCAAAGAGAGUGAUAAAUUGAAGGAAGAAAAUGGCCAUGCUAGAUCUAAUUCAGACUCUGAAGAGGAUAUGGACCCUGUGUUCCAUAGCGUUCCAGAUCUGGAAUUUAGCAAUUUUGACGAGAGUAAGGAGCCGCAUUGUUUUGCCGUUGAUCAAAUCUGGGCGGUAUAUGAUCAGAUUGACAGCAUGCCGAGAUUCUAUGCACAGGUGAAGAAAGUUUAUGCAUCUGGGUUCAGGCUACGUAUUUCUUGGUUGGAAGCAGAUCCUGAGAACCAUUUAGAAAAAACAUGGGCAAAAGAAGGUUUACCCAUUGCAUGUGGUAGAUUUAAACGUGGAGCUUCAGAGGAUACAAGUGAUCGUCUCAUGUUCUCUCAUCAAAUAUCAUUUGAGAAAGGUAUUAAAAAGUUCUCUUUUGUCAUUUAUCCUAGAAAGGGUGAAAUUUGGGCUCUUUUUAAGGAUUGGGAUAUUAAAUGGAGCUCUGAUCCUGAAAGCCAUAAGGAAUAUAAAUUUGAGAUUGUGGAGGUUCUUUCUGAUUUUGACAAUGAUAAUGGCAUUCUUGUUUCUUACAUGGUAAAAGUUGAAGGUUUUGUUAGCUUGUUCCAGAAAACGAGCCGUGCACGACUUGCUGAAUUUCGGAUCCCAUGCAAUGAACUCUUAAGAUUUUCUCACCGUAUCCCAUCAAAGAAAUUGACUGGCAAUGAAAGAGAAAAUGUCCCCAUCGGAUCUUAUGAGCUUGAUAAUACUGCUCUACCGGAUGACCUUGAUCAGUUUUAUUUUUCUAACAAUGUGAAGGUGAAGCCUGAACACGUCUCUAACCAUAGUGGUGCUUCUUGCCCUAAAUCACCAGAAGUGAAAGCCAAUAACUUUGUUAGGGGGAAGAUUAACGUCAGAAAAUCACCUAGAGGCUUAAAGUGUAACUCAGAGCAGUCAAAUGGUAUUGAUAGCAAGAGCAAUAUUGCCACUUCAUCUAAAGGUAUUGAGUCUUUUUGUCAUGAUGAUGACAUGAACACAAACUUGAAUGGCAAAGAAUCAGAUAUAGUUGCUCAUGAUUUCGAUGAAGAUAAAGAAAAUUGGAAGUUUGAAAAGGGUCAAAUAUGGGCACUUAGAAGCAUGAAUGGAAAGCUUGGUUGCUAUGCAUUUAUUAAAAAUAUUGAAAAGUCUCCCCUUAGAUUGCAUGUAAACUUACUUGAAAUAUGCUCUAAUUCGAUUAGGCCAAAUGCCUGUGGCUUGUAUAAAAUUUGUAAUGGUGCAGUACAAAUAUUACAGAGAGAGAGUUUUUUGUAUCUGGUGAAAGCAGAACUAAAUGGUAAGACCAAAUACAAUAUAUAUCCACGGGAAAACGAGAUUUGGGUUUUACAUGAUACACUGGAUGCCAAGUGUACAUUCCCUAAUGCUGGUGAUUGUGAGAUUGUUGAAGUUGUUGACAACAAUGUAGAUGUUGUAAAGGUUUCGUCCCUCUCACGUGUUCCUGGCCAGAAGUCCAUUUAUAGGUAUCUUGGGAAGGUUAUGGAGAUACCACUUGCUGAGUCAGACAGGUUCUUUUGCCGGGUCCCUGCCUUUCGUUUAACAGACGAGCUAGAUGGUUGCAUGAGAGGGAAUUGGGUGCUCAAUCUUGCAGAAUUUCCAGGACUGUAUGCAAGUUAAGCAUGGGCGGUGCAGUUGGUGUAUGUGCUCUUAGAAGAAAAAUGGAGAGGGUUUUGGGGAUGAAUUAGUGCCCUGCUUCUCCUAACAGAUUCAGAUGUAUCUAUAUGUCCUUUUUUCUUCUUUUUCUUGCCUAGGUUGAUGAACAGAAUGGCUUCUAGGUUUUUUUUUUUUCUUUUUUUUUUUUUUGUCGGUGAAAGGUUUUUGGUUUUAGCUUAAUGUAAAACACCUGUUUUAGAUAGAAUUUCUUUCUUCCCGAUCUUAGGGCUAUAAUGCUGCAAGUUCAUGGAAUGUAAAGAGAAAAUACGCCAAACGUUUGGUAGCUCAUCUGGAUGAAAAAGACCCAACAUAUAUGUCUAAAUGAUUGUGGAUAUUGGAAAGUAUAUGAUGGCUAUUA